AUGCGCCCCCGCCCGUGCGGAACUGCCGCCCCCACCCACGCACGACUCCUGUCUUGCCCACGCCGCCUGCGGCCUGCCUCCAACCGGUUGCAGACCCCUGAACCCCGGGCUCCUUCGCUCCCUGCUCCCUCCAAUCCCAUUGAUCUGGCGCACUUGGCCGCCGUCACGACGUUGCCACGGAGAGCCUCGAUACACCUGCUCCCAAGUUCCCGACCUUCCUUGACGGGCGUCCUUCGGCUCCGGCACGGAGAGUGCCCCGACAUCCCCAAUUCCGGCCCACCGUCCGUCGAUGGCUGCUCUGUACAACAUGGUUGGGACGCGACGCUGCCAGGCCGCCCCUGCUUUGUCACGCCAGGCAAGGUCUCCACCGUUGUACGCCACGCGCUCGUAGACGACGUCGGCUGCCGUGGUGCUCAGGGUCUUCGUCGGUCCCUUUGCCAGAUCGUCAUCGGGGCCGUGGUGUCCCUGGAGGGUGCUGGAAACAUGCAUGAUAUCAUUCUUGAUGCCUUCAUGCUUCUGGUUCGACACUACAGAGGGAGCUUUUAUCUAUUUUUGUUGAUCCAUGAAUGCAUGGUUGUGAAAAUUUAGGAGCACCAUCCCUAAUUUUAUUUGGUAUGCGUCAAAUGAAAAGGAAAUUUGGAUCACUGAUAAAUGGGUGUACCUUUGUAUUUUUGACACAGCUAAAUAAUGAUUUUUGACACCUACCCAACUGAUUGAGCCUCAUACAUCUUGGAGGCCUGAUAUUGUUCCAUCAUCCAAUGUAAGAAUGAUUAAACUGUGCAAUACCAACU